AUGAGGGGCAAAAAAGCAUACAGUACUGAGGUCGAUGUUCCAAUUACUACAAAGGGAAACGUAUUUAUGUUUCUAAACUUUAAACGCGACUGGUUGCUACUCCUAUUGGGAACAACUUUCAUGGCAGCAUCAGCUGCCAGCACGCCAAUCGCAACCCUUGUUUACGGUAACAUAAUCGGGGCGUUGUCCAACUACUAUCUUGGGACUUACUCAUCAUACGACGUGUUUAUCCGUGACUGUCUAAAACUAUGUGGCAUUUUAAUGGCAGUCGGUUUGGCGAAAAUGGUGUCUGUUUGGCUUGGCAUGUCGUUGUGGUUGAAAUUUGGCGAAACACAACAGCUGUGUGCCAGGUCUGCCACAUACAAUAGCUUGCUCAAGAAGGAUACAAAAUGGUACGAUAAUAACCCAAACAUCAUGGGGGAGUUGACCCAAGUCAAUAGAUGCAUUGAGGAGCUACGUUCAGGAAAUGCCGAAAUUAUGGCUGAAACUGUGCAAACUGUUGCCUUGAUUGUGGGGUUAAUCAUUAUGUCAUUCUAUCAAUCGUGGGCUAUUACAUUGAUAAUUACGGCAUCGGCCCCCGUGAUGGCUCUUUGCGCUUGGUAUUUUGGAAGCGUUACUUAUCGUGCGCAAGAGGUUGAAAACACUCACAGCUCAAAUGCCAGUAAAGUUUUGGAUUGGUGUCUCACAUCACCAUUAACCGUUCGAGUAUUUAAUGGGAAAUAUGUGGAGAUGGUUAAAUUCAAGCGAUUCACCAAUGCAUCGGCAAAAGCAUACUAUAGAGCGGCAAACGCAAUAGCAGCAAAUUCGGGGAUCUUGAAAUUUCUCACCUUGAUGAUGUUUGUUCAGGGGUUUUGGUUUGGAAAUUAUUUGCUAAUGAGGAAUAGAAUCACUGUUAAUCAAUUGUUUACAUGUUUUAGUUCGUGUUUGAUGUUGGGCCAGUCAAUAUCCAAAAUAAGUCAGUUGAUGGCAAUAAUCAACACUGCUCAUGCAGCGGCUAGCAGGAUAGCAUCUCAUUUGCAGACAUUGAAUGAAGAUUGCGAAUAUAAAGUGAACACAAAAAAGUACCCAUUAUCGUGCUUCGGAGAAAUUAUGUUUAGUGAUGUUUGCUUCAACUACCCAGCCAGAGACAAAUUGAUUUUGAGAGAUGCUUCUUUUCUAGUUGAACCAGGAAAGAUGAAUUUCAUUAUUGGGAAAUCUGGUGCUGGAAAGUCCACAUUACCGCUUCUUUUGAUGAAGUUGUAUGGGAGGAAUAGUGGGGCAAUUACAAUUGACGGAAUUGGCAUUGACCUGCUUGAUUCGUGUUGGAUAUCUCAAAAUCUAGUGUUGCUUCAGCAAACGCCCUUCAUUUUUAAUGGCACGGUCCGAGAAAAUAUAGCCCUUGCAGUGGUUGACGACUAUGAUUCUACUGAAAACGUACCUCUUGACUCGAUCUAUGAGGCAGCAGGUUUUGCUUUGCUCGAUUUGGACUUGGAAACUAAAAUUACCCCAUUGUCCUUAUCUGGAGGUCAGCAGCAACGGUUGGCGAUUGCUAGAGCAAGGUUAAAAAACCCUCCAGUGUUGAUUCUUGACGAGGCAUUCAGUGCAUUGGAUUUCCAAACCAAGCAGGUUUUGUUUGCCAGAGUGAGAGUUUGGAGAAGAGGCAAAACUACAAUAUCAAUCACUCAUGACUAUAGUCACAUUGAACCGAAUGAUAACGUUAUUAUGAUGGAACAAGGAGCGGUUGUCAAACAAGCACAAUUCAAAGAGUUUGCUAAUCUACAGGACGGUGAUCUUACGACGAAGAUAAUGACUGAAAAACAUGAUUGCACAACCAACACUACCACCGCUAUGAGAAUAUCUGCCGUAGACGACAUUGAAAAACUGGACAAGAAAGAGACUUUUUUGGGAACCUUUGGAAUUUUAAAGUAUUGUAGCAACACAAUUGAUGCAAAGCUUGUUAUAAUCAUGGGUAUCUUGAUUUCCAUCUUGGAGGGUGGUGCUUCGCCAGUUUUCUCCUACUGCUUUGCAAAAUUGUUAGCAACAACAGUUGAGGCGUCCAUUGGUGGCGAUGACACACAGCAAAUUAUUCAAUGGUCGGGUAUGUCGAUUGGAAUUGCCUCAUUCAUUGGACUUACCGCCUAUGGUGCAAAAUUCAUCCUCUCGUAUGCUAGUGAACGAUGGAUUGUGAUGUUGCGAAAGCUUGCGUUUGAAAAGCUAAAUGGACAAGACAUGUCCUUUUUCAAAGAAAUGAAAACAGCUGAAGUAACUACCUUGUUGAUGAAUGAUACAAGGGACUUGAGAAAUUUGGUGAGUGCUUUUUUGUCAAUAAUUGUCAAUUUGGUGGCAAUGGUGCUCGUUGGAAUUAUAUGGUCAAUAAUUUCUGGAUGGAAAUUGGCCCUUGUUGGUUUUUCAUUUGUUCCUUUGAUAUUGCUAAUCACUGCCGCUUACAGCAUAAUUUUGCAAUCGGCUGAAAACAGAUACAAGUCAAGCGUCAUAAAACUUGAAACUCAUGUUCACCAAACCGUUAGUUCAAUUAAGACUAUUAAAUUGUUUUCCAUGAAUCGAUAUUUUGCCGACAAAUUUGAUCAAUACUUGAACAAGGUCAAUAAAGACGGGGAUUUCCGAGCAAUUCAAACGGGGAUUGGAUAUGCGUUAAAUGAUUUAAUUUCAGCAGUUGCUAUCGGGGUUAUAUUGUAUUACGGUAUGGAGUUAACGGGCAAGUUUGAAUAUACUCAUGGACAGUUGCUACAAGUGGUGGCAUUGCUAACAUUCACAUUGGCCAAUGCAGCAAGCUUGAUACAUUCGUUGCCUGAGGUCACCAGAGGUCAACGAGCAGGCACGUAUAUUGUUAAAUUACUUGAACUGACACCAUUGGCAAAAAUUGAAAACGAUGGUUAUGAAAUACCUAAAGCCCAUAGAAAUGUGAUUAGUUUUAACAAUACUUGCUUCAAAUACGAUGACAAGUAUAUUUUACGCAAUGUUUCAUUUAAGAUUCGGAAAAACCAGUUGGUUGGAUUGGUGGGCCAGUCAGGGUCAGGAAAAUCAACCAUUGCAUCACUUUUAUUACGUCUUAUUGGCUGCAAUUCUAAUUCAAUAUCGAUUUAUCAACAUGACAUAUCAACGGUAAAUAUUGAUUGGUUAAGAGAAACCAUUAGUAUUGUUCCUCAACUACCGAAAUUUUUUGAAGGGUCAAUCUUGGAAAAUCUCACUUAUGGAAUUAGCCCCACCCAACAAAUCAACUUUGAAGACUUGCAACACUGUCUUCGAUUAUGUGGAGUGUAUGAUUUUGUUAUAUCAUUACCUGAGGGGCUACACACAAGAGUGGGUGAAGGUAACAAUACGUUAUUAUCUGGAGGUCAAUUGCAAAGAUUAUCCAUAGUUCGUGCAUUGAUUAGACGACCAAAAAUAUUGAUAUUUGACGAAUGCACAUCAAAUCUAGAUCCUGUGAAUGCUAAGCUCAUCAUGGAAUUAAUCAUGAGUUUGAAAAAUAAAUAUACGAUCCUUUGUAUUACUCACAAUCAAGAAAUGAUGAAUAUGGCUGAUAAAGUGUACAUCUUGAAAAAUGGAACAAUUUGUAUAUAA